AUGCCACCUUCGUCUAGCAAUGCGGCUGGCCAAAGCCGCACGGCAAGAGGGGGCGUGGCAGCUUCUGCCGCUCGAGAUAAGCAAGGGAUUGAGGCGCUGAAGAAGGAGCGGGAUCAGCUCAGGGCAUCUCUGGCUACGCGUGACCAGGAACUCAACAGAUUGACAAAGAAGAGGGAUGACCUGAAGGAGUUGCUUACUACGAAGGGCCGGGAACUUGACGAAACACGGCAGGAUAAAGAUGACCUGAAGACCUCGCUGACCACUCGCGGCCGGGAACUCGACAAGGUGAAGAAGGAAAAGGAUAAGCUGACAGCUGAACUGGCGGCCAAUAAAGCAGAGUUGGACAAGUGUAGAGAGGAGCGGGACGGUCUGAGGGCGUCGCUUGAUACUGAAAAACAGGCGCGCCUUGAGAUACAGAGCUUUCUGGGUACGAACAGAAUGAAGCAAAUCGUAGGGGGGAUGAAGGAAUUCGUGGGGAUGUUUGAGGAAAAACAUAGCAUCUUCGCUGAAGCGUCCACCAAUCUCGAGUCGCGCAAAAAGAGACGCAGGACGGCCGCUCAGGGCAGAGAAGAGGAGAAUAUGGACGAGGACUAG